UGUUUAAGAACGAAGUUUUGUCUUGGAACGCAUAAUAACGUUCUUGUGCUUACAAUGAAGUCUACUUAAAAUCAAAGCACAAGAACGUUCUUAAGAAUUUUCUGGGAACACAAAAUAAGAUCUUGUAAAUUAAAAUGGCGAAGAAAAUAGCCGUGAUUGGUUCAGGUGCCAGUGGAUUAGCCGCUAUUAAAUGCUGUUUAGACGAAAAGUUAGAACCGGUAUGUUUUGAAAGAACGGACAAUAUUGGUGGUUUGUGGCGUUAUACUGAGGAAGUCAGAGAUGGUCAGUCAUGCGUUAUGAGAAGUACUGUUAUCAACACCAGUAAGGAAAUGAUGUGUUAUAGUGACUACCCUAUACCCAAAGAAUACCCGAUCUAUAUGCAUAACACACAAGUUUGGGAAUAUUUCAAACAAUAUGCGAAUGAAUUCAAUUUACGCAAAUGCAUACGAUUUGAAACAGAGGUAGUCAGUGUAAAAAGAUCUGCUGACUUUGAUGAAACAGGUAGAUGGGAUAUACAGGUGAAAGACUUAAAUACAGGAGAAACACAAGACUUAGUUUUUGAUGGUGUUUUGGUUUGUACGGGACACCAUGCCGUCAAAAAUGAACCCGUUUUUACUGGUAUGGAUGAAUUUGAAGGUAAAAUUGUUCAUUCGCAUGAUUAUCGAGACUUCCAUGGUUAUGAAGAUAAAAGAGUUGUGGUGGUUGGGAUUGGUAAUUCUGGAGGAGAUGCUACUGUAGAACUGAGUCGUAUUGCUUCUCAGGUUUUUCUCAGUACCAGACGAGGAAGUUGGAUUAUGAAUAGAGUAUCUGAUAAUGGCCUUCCUGGUGAUAUGAACCUAUUCAACCGAUUAGCAGUUUUAAUGCUUCAAAAAUUGCCUUUAUCGAUAAUAAAUGGAUUAAUAACUGGAAUAUUGAACAAACGAUUUGAUCAUGCUGCUUAUUCCAUAAAACCAGAACACCCACCAUUCGCCCAGCACCCAACUGUAAACGACGAUUUACCCAACAGAAUCAUCUGUGGAUCUGUGAAAGUUAAAACUGACAUCAAACGGCUGACCAAAAAUGGCGUGGAAUUUAUCGAUGGUACGAAGGAGGAUAACAUAGAUGCCAUUAUAACUGCGACUGGCUAUAAAUUUGGUUUUCCAUUUCUGGAGAAGUCUGUGGUUGAUGUGAAAGAUAACCGAGUAGAGUUGUUUAAGUAUAUGUUUCCACCAGAUUUAAAGAAACAGACUAUAGCUAUUAUUGGCUGUAUACAACCUCUUGGUGCCAUCAUGCCAAUAUCAGAACUACAAUGCCGUCUUGCUACAAGGGUCUUCAAGGGUGAUGUACAGCUACCCUCUAAAGAAGAUAUGUGGAAGGAUGUUAGAGAUAAAGAAAUUCGUAUGAUACAAAGAUACGUCCAAUCAACACGGCACACCAUUCAAGUUGAUUAUUGCGCCUUUAUGGAUGAACUAGCCGAUUUAAAUGGAUGCAGAAUUGAUUUCAAAAGGUUACUGAAAAGUGAUCCUAAACUGGCAUUAACAUGUUACCUCGGACCUGUUACACCAUAUCAAUACAGAUUGUUUGGUCCAGGAAAAUGGCCGAAAGCAAAGGAAGCCAUUAAUACAGCCUGGGAGAGGACAUUUUAUCCGUUAAAGACGCGACCAGUAAAAGCCGAAAACAAAUUUUCUCUGAUGUUCUAUGUUAUGUUAGCUGUUGCUGUGUUGAUACUGGCAUAUAUAUUUUUAUAAAUUACUCAUUUAAACUUUCUAAGAGUUAAAUUUGUGAAACAAAUCAUACUAUUUGAUCCAUUGAGCUUUAUACAAUUUGGGUGAGCUACGGUGGAUAUGAGGUCCCGUUUUCGAACGCGGUUGUGGCCGAGAACUUCUUCGGGGAUUUGCCAGCAUGGUUUUGCCUUGUCAGUGGCAAAGGACGAGGUCUUACCAAGAAAAAUGUUUAGAUUCCCCGGUUGUUCGCAGUCUGAUUAAAACACAGAUCCUAUUUCGUUUCGUUUUUUUAUAGUUCAAAAUUUCGUUUUACUUGUCUUCACGACAAGUGAGGGAUUAGCUAAUGAAACGGUCUGUUACGCAAGUACUGUGGGUAAGCCACUAUAAACGUCAAUGCUGAUUGAUUAAUCUAUAUCUGACGUCAUAGGGACAAAAGCAGCUCGUACAACCCCUGACGCGACCUUCCACUACAACCGGUCAGAUUUUCAUGCAAUGUAGGCCAUCGAAAGUAUAAAAAAACGAAACAAAAUAUAGAUUUGUGCGUGACAAAGAGUAGGGUCGCCUGUUCAACCUCGUGGGUUUUCUCCGGGUCCUCCGGUUUCCACCCACUGCUAAAGACCCCUACGCGUAAGCGAAUUGUUGAAAUAAAAAUUGAACCAUAUGUUAGUCCCGAAAUUACCAAGUUUGUGUCGAGUGGACGUUAGAUUUGUAACUAAAAAUAUCAAAUUUCUCACUUCUUAAUCCCCAUUAAUAUGUACUCAGAUUGAUUAUUUAACAAUUAAAGGGGAAUUAUGGGAGAUUAGAUAAAGGCCUGGCAGCUCUCACUAAUAGUUAAAAACUAGAUAAUGUAAAGGGAAUUUGCUGAAAAUGUCAGUCAAAUUGAUCCACUCUGAACCGAGAUAUUAGCUUUUGAUUUUUAGGCCUAUAGUCUGGAUCAUCAUUACUAAAGUCGGCACGAUAAAAAAACAUACCCGCGGUUACUCAUUUUUGGAUUUAACCACCAAUGAGCGGUGAGCAGGAGAUCAAAUUCAAAUCCAGUAGAUAUCGCAGGUUAGCAAUGGCAUCGAGGGUUGAUUAUGGUCUGGAUAAGUUAAUUAAUGUCUAACUAAUAAUUUAGAUAACAUUUCAGGCCCAAAGAAAGACCUGCAAUAGGCAGAUUUAGCUCUUGCAUAUAUAAUGUAUGUUUAAUUAUAAAAUAAAAUCAAAAUACCGACGCUAGGAUUCAAUUUGGUUUAAAUUAGGUCUAUCAAUUAUGUUCACCCACAACAAAAUGGCGGCGGGCUCAUUAGAUAGUGCGCAGCAUAGAUCGAUGAAAUGUAAAUUCAACAUAACUUUGUACAUACAGAACGGAAUUGGACCAUUUUUGGACCGAUCUUCCUAUUGCAGCCCGAACCGUUGCAGUAUUCAUGUGGCGCUAAUAAAUGCCACAAUGCCACUUUAAAUA